AAACUGGCCACUCUCUUCCGAGUUUCAUUUGGCUGGUGUUUUUCAUUCAAAUUUAGUGUCAUGUCGUAACCCGAAACAACCCAAAAAUCACACAAAAAGACACCCAAAUUCAUAGUGCAGGCAAUUCUGGCGGAAUUCAGCUUCAGGUCGAAACGCAAACAUGUCGACAGCCUCGCGGUUGACUUUGGGCAUGGCAGUCACCGUUUCCACGGCGAUAAUAGGUUAUGUGCACUAUAAACAAUCGGCGGACCGGCUGAGACUGCACGAUGGUGUCUUGCGGGACGUGGAGCAGCAGCAGCGGCGGAAACACGAAAACACCUACACCCUCCAGCAGCAGAUUGACAUCACCAAGCAACUGAAGGCCAGGGAGGCGUCCAGCAACUCCUCUGACACGCCCACCCCACCAAGAAAAGAAGGCUGCAAUUGCGCCGCCUGCAGAGAGGCUGAGCUUCAGCAGCAGUCAGGAGCCGAGGAAUCUGGCGUUGUUUCGCCGGCUGAAGACCAGUCAGUUAAUCUUGGCCCAUUGUCAGACAAAGUUUGAUACCCAAAAUGCCUUUCAACAUGCACUUAUUGUACACUGUAAGACUUACUCUGGUUAAUAGAAGGCAUUAGUUGUUUCAAAUUACUUCGUUAUCUUUUAUACCGUGACCUAACUUUGUUAUUUGGACUGCAGAUGGGCUAGAAUAGUUGUAAAUAAAAAUAGUGGCAGUUUAAA